UUGUUAUUUUCUGCAACAAGAUGGCUGUCGUUCCUGAGAGCAGAGUCCUCACUUUCAGCGUUUUUAAAUGGAGCUCUUACUCCUCUACAUAUUUACCCGAGAAUAUCUUGGUGGACAAACCUAAUGAUCAGUCUUCCAGGUGGUCUUCUGAAAGCAACUACCCUCCACAGUUUUUAAUCUUGAAAUUGGAAAGGCCGGCAAUUGUUCAGAGUAUCACCUUUGGGAAGUAUGAGAAGACUCACGUGUGCAACCUCAAGAAGUUUAAAGUGUUUGGUGGGAUGAGUGAAGAAAACAUGACAGAGCUUUUGUCCAGUGGCCUUAAGAACGACUACAACAAGGAAACGUUCACCUUAAAGCACAAGAUCGAUGAGCAGAUGUUUCCCUGCAGAUUUGUCAAAAUAGUGCCUCUGAUGUCUUGGGGUCCUAGUUUUAAUUUCAGCAUCUGGUACAUUGAGCUGCACGGUAUCGAAGAUCCCGAUGUGGUGCAGCCUUGCCUUAACUGGUACAGCAAGUACAGAGAACAGGAAGCCAUCCGCCUUUGCCUCAAGCACUUCCGACAGCAUAACUACACAGAGGCCUUUGAGUCGCUGCAGAAGAAGACCCGGAUAGCACUGGAGCACCCGAUGCUCACCCACCUGCACGACCGGCUGGUGCUGCAAGGAGACUUCGACGCCUGCGAGGAGCUCAUAGACAAAGCUGUGAGAGACGGUUUGUUUAACCAGUAUAUCAGCCAGCAGGAGUACAAGCCCCGGUGGAGUCAGAUCAUCCCGAAAUGCAACAAAGGUACAAGCGCCCAAGAAGUCAACCGAGACGACAUGAACAGUGACGGCGACGACAACAGGCCCGGGAUGAGGGGAGGACAUCAAAUGGUGAUUGACGUCCAGACCGAGACAGUCUACCUGUUUGGGGGCUGGGACGGCACACAGGACCUGGCUGACUUCUGGGCUUACAGUGUUCAGGAGAACCAGUGGUCCUGCAUCUCCAGAGACACGGAGAAAGAGAGCGGUCCCAGUGCCCGCUCGUGCCACAAGAUGUGCAUCGACUCCCAGCGGCGUCAGAUCUACACGCUGGGCCGGUACCUGGACUCCAGCGUCAGGAACAGCAAGUCCCUGAAGAGCGACUUCUACCGCUACGACAUCGACGCCAACACCUGGACGCUACUCAGCGAGGACACGUCCGCGGACGGCGGACCAAAGCUAGUGUUUGACCACCAGAUGUGCAUGGACUCGGAGAAGCACAUGAUCUACACGUUUGGCGGUCGCAUCCUGACGUGUAACGGCAGCGUGGAGGACAGUCGGAUGUCGGAGCCGCAGUUCAGCGGCCUGUACGCCUACCACUGUCAGGCCGGAACAUGGAGCCUCCUGCGGGAAGACUCGUGCAACGCGGGGCCAGAGGACGUCCAGUCCCGCAUCGGGCACUGCAUGCUCUUCCACACCAGAAACCGCUGCCUGUACGUGUUUGGAGGUCAGAGGUCAAAGACGUACCUCAAUGAUUUCUUCAGCUACGAUGUGGACGGAGACCACGUGGAGAUCAUAUCUGAUGGCACCAAGAAGGACUCGGGCAUGGGUAAGUACACCAUUUAUAUUUAUAAAGUCUUACUUCUAUAAAGAAACGGGUUGUUCUGGCAAUCUGAAAUUGUUCUUUUAUUUAAAAAAACAGCUUCCACUAUUAUUUCCUAUGCACACGCUCACACUGUUGACAGGUUGAUUUUCACCAAAGAGUGCUUCUCUGCUAACUCAUCGGAGAAGUGUAACGUGAUGGGAGGAAAUGCCAGAGCAGCAAAAGUGUUUUGCACUCAUACUGCUCAGAUUCUGAGUCACUUGCUCUCAGAGCGGGCUGCAGGGUGUGAACCUUUUCUGCACGGAUGGGUUCAGAUACAGUCUGCUAUAAUAUUAGCAGGAUUAUACUGCAUAAACACAAAAACACACACACAGGACUCCAGACUGUGACCAAUAAGUCUAAUUAUGUGACUAUUUCUGAAGACACUGUGGCUAAAUCUGAUCUAAAUAUUAACCAGGAGCACCAGUGCUACUUGAGAAUAAAUGAAUUCCAUCACAGUUGGACCAGUUCAAUUCAUAUGAAGGAGUAGCACAUAAGACUCCACUGCACAAUAUUAUUAGUUGGUGUCUUUGUUUAAAAAAAGCAUUUGACUUCAUUAUUGUUUUGAGACAGACUCCUCCUCCUCAAACACAGCAUAUGCAGACCCUCUGUCUGCCCACCGCUCACUUCCCUGUCCUGCCGGAGCCAGAGGCAAGGAAAGAGAGAGAAGCUGAACAAUUCAAAUGCGUGCACAGGUAAAAGGGAGCAAGAAAGAACAGAAUGUGUCUUGGCAGGAAAGAAGCACAAACUGUUCUCUCUUCCGCUCUCGGUCUCAUAAUCAGUCUCGCAUGUUGACAUGUGCUGUGGCGCAGCAGCAGCAGCACCUCGCCACGUCACUCUUUACACCUUGACCUGUAACCCAAGCUGGGAGCUCUCAGAUUAAGCUCAUUUAGUUGAUAUUACUUUAAUGAAUACAUCUUUGACUGUUUCCCCGCAGUGACAUUUG